AUGUUGCGGAUGCUGUUUGAGACACAUAUGAUGCUCCUACCUACAGCAUUCAAACCUGAACAGCUUGGAGGGUCUCCCCCACAACCAGUAGUCCCUUCGCAUAAAGAUAAAGGUGGUGCUCCACCAGUUAGGAGCAUAUACGAUGAGUUAUCUAGUCCUGGGCUUGGAUCAACACCUCUGUCCUCAAGAAGACCAGCCAGCUUUAGUUUAACACAGAGCCCAUCAGUUGGAAUUCUGCCAUCAACACCGGGAGCAGCUUCAAGCACGUUCAGUCCUGCAAGUAUUGGGCAGCCUAAGAAGACCACACUAUCUCCUGCUCAGCUAGAUCCUUUUUAUACCCAAGGUGAUUCCCUUACUUCAGAAGAUCAACUUGAUGACACAUGGGUAACUGUAUUUGGAUUUCCUCAAGCAUCAGCUUCCUAUAUUCUACUACAGUUUGCUCAGUAUGGAAACAUAUUAAAGCAUGUGAUGUCCAACACAGGAAACUGGAUGCAUAUUCGAUAUCAGUCUAAGCUUCAAGCCCGGAAAGCCUUAAGCAAAGACGGAAGAAUUUUUGGUGAAUCUAUCAUGAUUGGUGUCAAGCCCUGUAUAGAUAAAAGUGUGAUGGAAAACUUUGAAAGGAGCUCUACAUCCCCGAUGUCUUCGAUUUUCACUCCACCUACAAAAUCUGCUGGCACACCAAUACAACCUGCAAAUAAUACUGCAAGGAUUUCUACAAUGAGACCUCUUGCAACAGCAUAUAAGGCUUCCACUAGUGACUAUCAGGUGGUUUCUGACAGACAAACUCCUAGGAAAGAUGAAAGUAUUGUAUCUAAAGCAAUGGAAUAUGUUUUUGGCUGGUAAUACACAAGAGGGAGUAACACACUAAGCUGGUCAGGCUUUGAACUAUACUACUGGCACUUGUAGUUAGUUGUAUAACUACUGGUGGCAGUAUUUUAUCUUACAGAGCACCUGUUAUGCCUUCAGUUUAUUCAGAAGACAUGUAGCUUGCACUUUAAAUGAUGGCAGUGUACACAUGGUUUUACAAACUGAGGAAGUGUAAAUAAAAGUGCUUUUUCCCCAUUUGUGCUCUGAUGGCAUGAUUGUGAAAAAAUGUCAGCACUGACUUUUCCUCUGUAAUUGCUUUCUGUGAAUUACUUCACAGUAAGCUGGAAAUGCUUAAAUUGGCAGCUAAAUUUACUGAUGCCUUUAAUUUUUUUCCCCCUCUGGAAAGGUGAUUGGUGACUUGCAGGAGGAACACUAUGCAGAGCUAUCUACCAGGGACAGGGCUUGUUAUUAGUAUGUGUGAAUUAUUUAAAAUUGGGAUUUGUUGCUGUUUUACAAUUACCUCUGGCAUACUAUUCUAAAUGUCAUAGCAACCUUUUAACUCUUUAUUUCAUUAAUAAAAAUUAAAUUUCUUUCCUUAGAUUUUUUUUUAAACAAGUAUGAGUUCUGUUAGGAAAAACUAUUAGCAGUACUCUUAACUGAUAAAUAUGUUGUUGCCUAAGUUUAUUGAAGUGUUAUUGACAGAGCAGGUGCUGCUGAUUUUACCAAAGUAGGAUUCAAACCAUUUACCAACCGGGAUUCAAC